CUGUGUCAUGCAAGGAGGCGGCGGCGGCGGCGGCGGCGGCCGGAGCUGGAGGGGGAGGAGGGGAGGAACCUGAUCUCUCCGGUAGCGAAGGGCUGGAGGCAAACACCGAGCUCCCCCAGAGCCGCCCGGGAGCAGGGAGGGCUCCGCUACCUCGGGGGGCCCUCCCCGCGGGGCAGAUGCUCGAGCCGGGCUCCCCCCAACGGGCGUGAGUUCAGUAUCCAGCCUCUCUGAGCUGUGUUCUUGGGGUCAUGCGUCUCAUCCUACUGCCUUUCCAUACAUUGUUGGAUUCAUAACUCACUCCAUACUUGAUAACAUGGGGAUUGGAAUUAGGUAUGUCCAACGUGCAGAGGGCGCAGGGGUGAAUCAGAGGAUGCACUGUUAGUGGGAAGAUGGACAGGAGGAGUCAAGACAAGAGACAAAGAUGCAGAUAGUGGGAAGAGGAAGGUGUCAAACCCACUUGGGCAGACGACCUCAGUAAGCUUGCUUCACUGUGUCUGGCAAAUCAAAGCCCCAAUCAAGGAAGCAGCUCUUUUCAUGGUUUCCAAAAAUAUUUUAGUGGAUAAACCAAAUGACCAGUCUUCAAGGUGGUCUUCAGAGAGCAACUAUCCACCCCAGUACUUGAUUUUGAAGCUUGAAAGGCCUGCAAUAGUUCAGAAUAUCACAUUUGGAAAGUAUGAGAAAACUCAUGUCUGCAACUUGAAGAAGUUUAAAGUCUUUGGUGGAAUGAAUGAGGAGAAUAUGACGGAACUAUUGUCUAGUGGAUUAAAAAAUGAUUAUAACAAAGAAACGUUCACUUUGAAGCAUAAAAUUGAUGAACAGAUGUUCCCUUGUCGAUUCAUUAAAAUAGUUCCACUCUUAUCCUGGGGACCCAGCUUUAACUUUAGCAUCUGGUAUGUUGAACUUAGUGGCAUUGAUGAUCCUGAUGUAGUACAACCCUGUCUCAACUGGUAUAGCAAGUACCGUGAACAGGAAGCCAUUCGUCUUUGCCUCAAACACUUUAGGCAACACAACUAUACAGAGGCCUUUGAAUCAUUGCAGAAGAAAACCAAGAUUGCUCUGGAACAUCCUAUGUUAACAGAUCUGCACGAUAAACUGGUGUUGAAGGGUGAUUUUGAUGCUUGUGAAGAAUUGAUCGAAAAGGCUGUAAAUGAUGGCUUAUUUAAUCAAUACAUCAGUCAACAGGAAUACAAGCCACGAUGGAGUCAGAUCAUUCCCAAAAGUACCAAAGGUGAUGGAGAAGAUACCAGGCCAGGGAUGAGAGGGGGCCAUCAGAUGGUUAUUGAUGUACAAACAGAGACCGUUUAUUUGUUUGGCGGCUGGGAUGGAACACAGGAUCUUGCUGACUUCUGGGCAUACAGCGUGAAGGAGAACCAGUGGACAUGUAUCUCUAGGGACACUGAGAAAGAGAAUGGCCCCAGUGCCAGAUCGUGUCACAAAAUGUGCAUUGACAUUCAACGAAGGCAAAUCUACACAUUGGGGCGUUAUCUGGAUUCCUCUGUGAGGAACAGCAAGUCUCUGAAAAGUGACUUUUAUCGUUACGACAUUGACACAAAUACGUGGAUGCUGCUCAGCGAGGACACUGCUGCUGACGGGGGACCGAAACUGGUGUUUGACCAUCAGAUGUGUAUGGACUCGGAAAAGCACAUGAUCUACACUUUCGGCGGCCGGAUUCUGACGUGUAACGGCAGCGUGGAUGACAGCAGAGCCAGCGAGCCUCAGUUCAGUGGCCUGUUUGCUUUCAACUGUCAGUGCCAAACCUGGAAACUUCUUCGAGAGGACUCCUGUAACGCUGGCCCCGAGGACAUCCAGUCGCGGAUAGGACACUGCAUGCUAUUCCACUCAAAAAAUCGUUGCUUAUAUGUAUUUGGUGGCCAGCGAUCGAAGACCUAUUUGAACGAUUUCUUUAGUUACGAUGUGGACUCUGAUCACGUAGACAUAAUCUCAGAUGGCACCAAGAAAGACUCUGGAAUGGGGAUGCUGCUUUCUACUUCCCUUAAAGGGCUGAAAGUUCCAAUGACAGGAUUCACACAGAGAGCAACUAUCGAUCCCGAGCUGAAUGAAAUACAUGUCUUAUCUGGACUUAGCAAAGACAAGGAAAAGAGAGAAGAGAAUGUUAGAAAUUCAUUCUGGAUUUAUGACAUUGUGAGGAAUAGUUGGUCUUGUGUCUAUAAGAAUGAUCAAGCUGCAAAGGAUAAUCCAAAUAAAAGUCUUCAGGAGGAAGAACCAUGUCCAAGAUUUGCCCAUCAGCUUGUAUAUGAUGAGUUACACAAGGUUCAUUAUUUAUUUGGUGGAAAUCCAGGAAAAUCUUGCUCUCCAAAAAUGAGAUUAGAUGAUUUCUGGUCACUGAAGUUGUGUCGGCCUUCAAAGGAUUACUUGCUGAGGCAUUGCAAGUACCUCAUAAGAAAACACAGGUUUGAAGAGAAGGCCCAGAUGGAUCCCCUUAGUGCUUUGAAGUAUUUACAAAAUGACCUUUACAUAACUGUGGAUCAUUCAGACCCAGAAGAGACAAAAGAGUUUCAGCUCCUGGCUUCAGCUCUGUUCAAAUCGGGUUCAGAUUUUACGGCUCUUGGCUUCUCGGACGUGGAUCACACCUAUGCCCAAAGAACUCAGCUCUUUGACACCUUAGUCAAUUUCUUUCCUGACAGCAUGACUCCUCCUAAGGGCAACUUGGUAGACCUCAUCACCCUGUGACGGAGGGUCCCGGAGUCACUGGACGGACGCGGAGAGCAGGACCCUGCCGGCAGUGUUGGGGCCUCGGGCUCUGGCUGACCGGCACUCAGGCUGCCGCGAGCACUGCGCCGGGGGUGUGAAGGGAUCUUCAUUGUCACAAGUUUCAACCCUCCUCCUUCGUGCCCGACCUCAACCCCGUUCUCCUCACCCCAUUCUUAAAUUAGGCUAAUAAAAUGAAAUUGGUUUACUUUCCAUUUAAAUAUAUACACAUAUUAUUUUUUUUCUUUAACUCCUAAGUAAUGCGUAUUUAAAAAAAAAGAAAAGAAAGAAAGAAAGAAAUCAGGUAGGAUUUCUUUGUCCCCGACUUUCUUUGUUGUUGUUUUUAAAAAUUGGGGCAAGGAGACACUGCUUCCAGACUCGGUGCCGUAAGAAUUGGGGUUUUGUUGUUGGGUUUCCUGGCCUUGCUUCUCGCUCUCCUCUUCCCUUCCCACCUCUCUUUCCCUCACAUCACAGCUGCUUGUGAGUGGUGUCAUUUGUUUACCUCCGCUUCAUUCUUACAGUAUAUAGUUCUGUACAACAAUUGAUGUAUGUUAAGGUGAUAUAUAUAUAUAUGUAUAUAUAUAUGUAUAUAUAUAUCUAUGUCUCUGUGGACUAGAGUCUUGUAUUACAUUAAACACUAGGAGAAACCGGGGGCUUAACUUUGCACUCCUUGUCAUAAAGCUAAAAAACAAAAGCCCAGAUCAGUUCAGGCCCUUAUCUGAGAUGGGUAUAUAGUAUUUCUAUAAUAAUAUAUUUUAUAGUCGAUAUUUCGAUAGCUUUGAGUCACAGAAACCUUAAACCUUAAAAGACAGUACAAUUCAGAUUUCCAAGAGCCAUUCAAAACCUUGCCAGCAGGAGGCUUCUAGUGGUACUUAAAUGUUUAUGAAUAUCUUGGAGCAGUUUGGGGGGUAAAGAUUCUCCUCUGGUCCAGCUGCAGAGGGUUUCUGCCCCCCCCCCAUGCUCUCUGUGGCUUUCAUUUGAGAGGGAGGGUGGGUUUCCACAGUGACAUUUUUAUUUCCAGACAUGUUGGCUCCUUCCAUCUGCUUCUUUGUACUGAUGUUUUUAAGAGUAAUAGCCCAUCGUUGUUUACCAGAAUCCAUCUGAAAGCCAGUGGACUAAGACACUGACCAUUCCUUGUUAAAUGGGGAAAAAGAAAAGUAACUGUGGGGGGGGGGAGGAUUUUUUUUUUUCAUUAAACUAAAGGAAAAUAUAGCAAAUGGGCUUUUCCACUUGGAUUUGUGGGGGGGCGGGGGGGAGAAUAGGAGUUUGUAUUUUCCCGUGACUUAAAAUUACACCUGACCCGCUCUUGUAUUUGCUCAAAAAAUUGCUAUAUGUAACUGAUACCCAGCAUUUAAAAAAUAGACUCACUAGAAGAAACGCCCAUCAGUCCAGAGGUUCUUAAAAGCGAAUGGCUUUAGGAGAUUGAGUGUGUCCCUGAUUAGCAUGUUUCGGCCUCACCAAAGAAAGAAAAGAAAUUGAGUGCACUUUCAAAAAAGUCUCAUGUGUUGGAAUGAGACUUUGAGAUCCUUUUUGCUCUGUCUGUUGCAUCGUUUGACUUCAUGUGGGGAUGGACAGGGUAUAUUUUCCCUAGUUCUAGACUUCAUGGCUCUCCAGGUAUCCAAAGCAGUCGUGGUUUGUUAAACAGUGCGAUCUAUAUCUUACCGUCUGGUGGAAGGUAGCGCAUCUAAUUCCAAAGUACCAAGUGGGGAGGCUGCAGAUAACUGGUGUCUUUACAGGGGAGCGCACAAAAAUCUACUUACAUGCUCCUGAGUAGGCAGCCAAGAACAAAAGACGAGUAUCACCAGUAUUUGAGCUCAUCGAGUCUCAUUUUGAAGAAACAGGUACAAAUCAGAGUUGGUAGGGAAGAACUUGACUUGGAUAAGUUUCUAAAUUUGAAAGCUCAGCUCUGGGGUUGGGGAGACAGCUCCGAGGGCUGACCCACAUGCUUGGCUUGCGGGAGCCGCAGUGUCACUGCCCAGGACCACAGGGUCCCCAGGACAUCUGGGAGCAACCCCCUAGCCCCAAGCCAGGAGUAGCCCCCAAGAACCUUUUAUGUGGUUUUGCUUACUGUGAGUCCUGUCACUUGGAAAACAUUAAAUAAAUUCUGCUGCCCUCCAUCACUUUUUUUUUUUUUUGGUGCUUUUUCUGUUACCCCUUUCAUGGUUGUCUCGUUUUUUUCUCUCCCCCUUUUUAAAAUCCAUCUUUAUAUUACUUCCAAAUAAGCUCAGUUCUUAGUAGCAGUGGGUUUUGUCUGCUUUUGUCAUCCUCCAUCCUGAUUCUCUAGUUUAGUUGUUUCUACAUAAUGCUCUUCUGAUUUCUCUUCUGUGCCCAUUGAGGUGAAAUUGUGCAGCCUUUGUUUCCAGAAUUUAGUUUUCCACUGAAAUGUUUCAGUGGGGUUGAACCAUAGCAAACAUCUCAUCAUUUCUUACGAGAGAUGGGCCGUACCGGGGAGGCUCUUCACUCGCCUCCCCACGGGGUGGUCCUCGCCGUGACUGAAGGAGGGGCCAGGCUUCCUUCUGUGCAUACCUGGCUCCCGUCUCCCAGCCCGCCACAUGGGAGAUUUGCUUCUAUGGUGAGGAGCCUCUGGAAUCCCAGCAGGACAUUCUCAUCUAAACAGUCCCUUUGGGAUUCAGGCGCAGUGAAGGAAGCCAGGUGUCUGUCUUUUGCUACUUAAAAACUUCAUUCUAGUUUAGUGGGUUCUGGACCGGAACACAGGGCCUGAGCAUUAGUUAGUGACGUGCCGUUACUUCAGUGUCAUUCCCUUUUCGCUUUUCCUAGCGGAAUAUACCCUUUUCACCCAGAAGUAUACUGCCUGUUGAACAUGAAUUUCUGUGCUGCACUUUUGGGGAAAUGAUCUGAUUUGAAACAAAUGUGUUCUUUUCCCGUAUUUUGUGGACUAGCAGAGACCUCAUGUGGCCAGCUUGAUUAAUUCAAAUAUAUUUAUUACUCUGCUUCCAAUAAAGGAAUCCAGACUUGGGUGCACCGCUGUGCUAAACAGGAGGGACAGGAAGCCCUAAAGGUUUAAAGAUCCUUUCUUUAGACCAGGUGGGGUUCUUAUUCAUGCUGAAAUUGACUUACUUCUAAUAAACAGGAAAUAAUUUUUUAAUUAGAAAGUUAAUUCACUGAUUUAUCAUAAAUUUGUCAGUUUCGUAGUCCAGUGAUUUGUUUAAGAUUGUAAAAUUGGAGGCGGGAGAGAGUAUCCCUGGCACCUAAUACGGUGCCCCAGCCCUGCCGGGAGUAAGCACUAAAUACCACUGGGUGUGCCCCCCCCCAAAAAAAAAGAAAGAUUCUAUUAUUGGGUAAAAUACGUGUAUCAAAUCUAAAUGUCUUAUCCUUGCUGUGAAUAAUUUCUUGAAAGUAUUAUUUGGAGAUCGAUUACCAGAAGUUUAUGUAGUAAGAUAGUUUUUAAAUCUAACCUAUAAAUACCAGUUUGAGGCACUCAGUCAUUUUGUGAGAGAUUAAUAAUGAUGCUUAAUGGAUCAGAAAGCACUUAGGGAAGAAUAUAUUCCUCCUCUUCUCUGUUUUUUUUGAUAAUUGCAUUAGGAAGAUACCCUAUAAUUAUUCUAUACACAGUGGGAAUUUUAUUGGAUAAUUGUAAUUCCUUUUAUUUCCUGAGUUAGCUUCUUCGCUGGUUGAAUGAGGCAGAGCAGUAGAAAUUUGUAUUUUUAAUCACAUUUCGCACUUGAAACAGUGUCAUUCAUUUAGUUUGAUAUAUUCUGCCUAUCCCUUUUUUUAUUUUUAUUUUUCCUUUUCCUUUUGGGUCACACCUGGAUUACUUCUGAUUCUGCACCCAGGAAUUAACUCCUGACGGUGCUCAGGGGACCGUAUGGGAUGCUGGGAAUUGAACCCGGUUAGGCCAUGUGCAAGGCAGACGCCCUACUUACUGUACUAUCGCUCCAGCCCCUCCCUUCUUUUUUUUUUUUUAAAAAGAAUCCAUGGUGAUCAGCUUCUGCUGCCUAGCCCAGUUGGCCAAGUAUUACCAGGACUGGCCCCAAGACCCCCUGAGCCCCACUUGGGAAGCUCUGCCUACUCUCCAGACACAGGCACAAAUCCAUGGUCAUCAUUACUCUUGGCCUCCUGCAGGAUUCUUCUUGACUCUGGGAGGUUUGCUUCCUGAGGAAAGGUUCACAGUCAGAGGAAUGCUGUAUUGGUCCGCAGAUGAGCAUUUAUGUAGAUUCAACAUUUGGGCUCUUUUGCUCCCAAGAUUUUUGUAUUCCUUCUUAGCCAAAUAACACUCCUUGUGAAUUUUUACAGUGGUCUGUAUCUCCUUGUGAGUUACUAUAAGGAUAAGAUGUUGUGGCGGUCCAAAACUUUGGGUAUUUUAUUUGAAAGUAGAAAUUUCCAGGUUGUUGGAAAUAAUUAGGGUCAACUAGAUUUGCUGAAUGAUGUCAUUGUUUGUUUUGGUGGAAGGAUUUAUUAUUGUGGAUUCACCAAAUGCUUCUCAAAAAUGUACCAUCCCGGAGAUUUUAUUUAUAGCAGUUUUGAUUUCCCAGCACAUACUAUAAAUUGUGUUUCCAGUUUUUCUCAACUAAUUUAACUUUAUUCUUGUGUUUUGUUUUUCUGCUUUUGGUUUGGGUUUUUUGUUUGUUUGUUUGCUUGCUUGUUUGUUUUUUCCCCUAGACUUAUCUCAUUUUUCUGUGACAUUGUUUACAAAGUGUUUUUGAAAAAAACUCAACUCAUUCUGAGACGUGCUCUUUUAUCGUUGUAUAUCACAGAGCAGUGAUUAAAAAUUGUAAAAAUUGUCUGUUUGUAAAGAAUUAAAAUAAUGUUCAGAUAUUGCUCUAAUGACGCUUGCCAUAUUUAUUUGCGGGACAGUAAUAUGGCCAUGUCAGCAUUAACAAAAGGGCCUGUUUUGACUUUCUGGCACUUGGAAUAUACUCAGCCUUAUAAGUGUUCCUUCCUCUCAAAUCCAAAUGCCAAACCUUUUUCGUCAUCAUAACCAAUGAUAAAAUCCUAUGACUUUAGAUUCUGUAGCUCUGGGUCUAAGGAGUUAUUUGAGGUUAUAAAAAAAAAUAAGAGUUCAUGUAGUGUGGAGAGAUGGUAUUGUAGGAAGUCAUAUUACUGUUCGUUUCUGUUAGGUAGAAUGGUAACAGAUCUUGAAUUGGACUCCAGUUCCCAACUCAACAGCCUGAUCAGAGGUGGCUGGAUCUUGUUACACUCAAAAACAUAUACCCUCCUAGAGAUUUUGUGUAUAACCGUUUGAUUUCCCAGCACAUAUUAUAAAUUGUGUUUCCAGUUUUUCUCAACUAAUUUAACUUUAUUCUUGUGUUUUGUUCUUUUGCUUUUUGGUUUGGGAGCAUUUUGUUUGUUCGUUUGUUUUUUGCCCUUCAGACAUCACCUAGCUUGAAUGAGAACAGAUUGCUGCGUGGAUAUAUGUAAGACCUAGAGGGUGAGCAAAAGAUGUGGGGCAGAGAAUGUUGAUUAGGGAAGUUUUCCAGUCCUAAGAUACCACUUACUGAAAUUAUGAGAUAAUUUGAUUUCCUUUGUUCUGCUAUUCUAACAAUGUCGGUGAAAAAAACAGACAUUGUCUGGCAGUAUCCUGUUUCACCCAUCAGUGGCAUUUUCCUUUGUUCUAGCUUUCGGUUCUGUUUCAGGAUCACAUCUGACAGUGCCCAGGGCUGACCCCUGGCUCUGCGCUCAGGAAUCACUCCUGGCAGGGCUUGGGGGACCACAUGAGAUGCCGGGGAUUCAUCCCGGGUCAGUUGCGUGCAAGGCAAGUGCCCUUCCUGCCGUCCUACUGCUCCAGCCCCAAGUCAGUGGCAUUUUUCACUUACGUGUGUAGAACCUCAAGGAUAGAGCUAGAGAGAAGAAGGUGGGAGGAGGAGAGCAGGAGUUCAGGGAUUUGAAGGGCCAUUAGUCUAAAUGAGAAGGAAAGCUCAUGAUUCUAACUCUGAUUAUGAAAGGAUAAUCAGAAUAUUACAGGCAAUUCGGUUAUUCCUGAUAAUAUUUGAUAAGCAGAAUUACUUGUGGUUAGUUGCUGUUCUCUCCUUCCAGACAGCUGUUGGAGAACUUAAGACAGAGAGCAGUGUUAGGGGUUCUGGAUAUUGGGGGGGGGGUGUGUCUCGUGACCACAUGUACAGGUGCUCAGGGCUCCAUCUGGUUCUCCACUCAGGGAUCAGCUCUAGUGGGUCACCUGAGCAGGUGACCAUAGAUUGUACCCAGACCGGCCGCUCUCCUAGCCUCGGCCGGCCCUUGAGCUCUGGAUCUUGACACUAGGUGAGCAGCCUCUGACAUGCAGCCCGCUCCUUGCUAAGGCUGCAGAGGCAGAAGCAGCACUGAGGCAUCUGAUCGUGCAGUGGGGCGCUCCCGGGCCUCACUUGUUCAUCGAAUGGGAGCUCUCGGCUGCCACGCAGCUCGUGCCAUCUGGGAUGUUAGCGUUCACAGCGGUUAGUUGGGGUGUCAGAGCUGUCUGCCACAUGAAACCGGCCCGGGGAGAUCUUCACUCUCCGGCUGCACUUCAUAGGCAAUGGAUGCCAAAUUAAUUAGCAGAAAAGGGGGAUAGAACACCACGUGUGAUGUACUGAACAGGCACGCGUGUGUAUGAUCAAGCAGUUGCUCGGGAAGCCAAUUUGGAAAUUUCUUUCUCUCCCUUGUUAUCAAAUCUCAGGAAAGCCUCUGAAACAGCUGAGCAACUGUCAUUUGGAUGGUGUUCUUUCUCUAGCCCUUGACAAUGGGGGGAAAAAUAGUCAUUUCAUGUUUAAGUAUUCAUCCACACAGAACUGAUCUUUCAUCAGUUUCGUUUCUGUGCUUUAAAAUUAAUUAUACAUACUCCCAAGGGUCUCUUCUACCCAGCCAAGGACUGCAUGAGUUCUGGGCUUGGCUCCGAAAGUAUAGAAUAAUUUGUUUUAGUCUUCCAGUCUCCUCCACGUCUCUCAGUGUUUAAUUUAAUUAGAAAAGGUACCUGGAGUAAGUCCAGUUCCUCCCCACAGCACAGAGCCUGGUGGAGUCCUCGUGCACGAAGGAGAGGAUCUUGUACUAUUAAACUUUGUGGGAGACUGUUCGAGCACCUUGCCUUGAAAUUGCAUUUUCCCUUGCGAAACAAGGGGGGUCGGGGCUUGUGGGAGAAGUGAGGACAGAGCUGCGUGGCUCUGCAUGCCGCCGCCUGCUUGGGGAGUCCCGGUACCCCCUUGCACCUUUAGGAAGGCUCCCCGGGGUCUCCCAUACACACUCGCCGUCCUUGUCGAAUCACGACCCCUGCACGGAUUGUCUCUCCACUCCCCGUGCAGCGGGACACCACUGUCUACACGAUUAAAUACAAGGAAGAUGCUUUGGAAGCCCUGCACUUGGGCUUCCCCAAGAGAUCCACCCCCCCACUUUCCCAGAAAAAGAUAACUUUGGUAAUUUGUCAGUGGUGAACAUUUCCCUUGCCCCCCCCCACCACCACCACCUUUUUUGUGUGUGGGUGGCGGGAGGAUGCUGUGUCCCAGCAAGCCCAGCCCACGGAGGACUACCUUUCCUCAGUGUCACCUCCAGCCAGCCAAGAUUCGCUUCAUUGUUGCCUUGAAGCCUGCUGGCUUCUUGGCUUUGUGGGAAAUAUCUUUCUAGUUGAAUGUCCUAGAUGGAUUAUGAUUAUGUUUCCCUCAGAAUCUUCAGCUCCUUAGAAUUUGCACAAGAAGGUGACAUUUUCAUGACGAGAUCCCUUGGUGAAUGCAUUUGCUGGCGUCUCCGAGAUGGCCCGCCCUUGUCCUCACUGUGAAAUCUGUGUGGAGCUGAGGCUGCACUCAGAGGUGUACAGGGAAACUUAAGACUUUUUUUUUCUUUUCUUGGUCUUAGCAACAAGCAUAAUUCUGCUUUUCCAGGCAUCAUAUUUGUAAGCAUCUUGGGAAGGACGUCAGAAUUUUAAAAAUAAAACUUAACAGAAAAAAAAACAAACUUCUGUCAGUUAGAAGUGCUGUGUCUAGAAGUAAAGGUUGCUUCAACUCGAGGCAGACCCUCAGAGUAAAGUGGACUGGAAAUGUAGAUUGAGAAUGAAAACAUAACCUUGUUCCUCACCAGUACGCUGUCUUCCGAGUCUGCCUUGCUCACGGACUCGAGUCCCGGCUCCUUGUCGUUUUAGAACAGCCCCUGAGCCGGCACUUGGUGUCUCAGCAGCCGUCCAGGUAUCUGAGAGGGGACUUUUAAAUAGCACUUACGGGUUUUCACAAUUAUAGAAAGUUCGGAAGUGACUCAGUAUGAAGAAAGGAAAACUGCUGUUGGCUGGUGAGACUCACUUGUUUUUCCUGACUUCUUGUAUCGAACAUGGUAAAAUCGAGAGAAAGGUGAGAGAGAGAGAGUGUGUGUGUCACCCUCCUUCUCAUGCUUUACCACCGCGGAGGACUGUGGUACAAGCGUCUCUCCCUAGCCUUGCAGUCCUUCAGACCCCGUCCUUUCCUCAGCAUACAGUCUGGAAAUAACUGCUAAUACGUAUCUUUGCCGUGUAAGUGGGCGUAAGAAAUUACCUAGAAGCUGUAGGGCCUUGUUUAUCUCGUUGGAAGUUUAAUCUUGAAAACUCACUGGAAAUUUUAAGCCCUCAUGCACCAUUUUGGACGGAUGGAGCCUUUUCACAUAUAAUGAGCUUUCUGCCGUAAAUGGACUUUUUUCUUAACAUGACCACCACUAAACUCCCAUCCCAAAAGGACAGAGUACUUUUCAGGGACCAAAGGAGAAGCAGAGAAAGGCCUUGGAGAAGGGCCUGGGAGAUAGCCCAGAGGGCUCGAGCCCAGGCGUUGCACACUGGCCCCCAGCUCAACUCCCGGCCCCCCCGGCCCCCCGAGUAGAGCCAGGAAUAACUGCUGAGCACUCCUGGAUGUAGCCCAAAAACUAAAAAGCAAAAGACAGGAGCCCUGUAAUACAAAAAGACUCAUUUCUCUGCCCAUCAGCUGAGGUCCAGAGCCCUCCAUUUCCGUGUCCAUAUGGCAUGCUUGACUCGUGUGGGCGAGGAGAGCCAGCCUUCAUGGGGGUCUCCUCGCCGCCCUCCUCUCCUGGCAGCCUGAGCUUGGGGUUAUCUGGCCUGUGCUAGUUGAUGUUUCUGAACAGAAGGGGUUGGGGGUGUCUGUCCUCUCCAUUGUUCUAAGUCAUCGUGAGCUGUAUUGAGUGUGUCCUUCCGUGUCCCCUCUCUCCCCUCAUGGUCUUCUCUGGCUUCUCUUACUUUCGCCUAAUCUGUAUGGACUUUUUUAGGUUGCGUAUUUUGGGUUUGUGUCUCUCUUUAGUGCAAGUAAUUUUCCGACCCCUGGUUUGGUGACUGUGUUAAUACUGCUUCGUGAAGAAAUGAGUGUUCUGUUGAACAGCUGCAAUUGUAGAAUUAUGUUGUAUGUAAUGUACAUAUGGAGAAAGGAUGUAUUUUGUUCAUUUUUCUUAAUAAAAAGCAUAUGGGCACUACAA